AUUUUCCCAUCUACUAAUAAUAAUAUUAUCACAUGUGUUUCUUGUCUAGUUUCAAAAAAAGAAAAAUAGAACAACCCAUUUGGGCUCCCUUAAAAAACUACUAAAACAAAAUAAUGAAGUGAAAAUCACAAGUUAAGCUGAACAACAAUGGGGAGUGGGUCAUCAAGAAAUCUUGAUAGUAGUUCACAUGGAAGUGGAGAAGAGAAGGAUAUUGACCAUGGUGGUGGUCAACUUUAUGUUUCUUUAAAAAUGGAAAAUUAUAAACUUAAAGGAGACCUUGUUCCUCAUGUCUAUGGCUCUGUUCCUCUUGUUGGUUCUUGGGAUACUUCUAAAGCUCUUUCAAUGGAACGCGAGUCAACUUCAAGUUGGGAUUUAAGUUUUGUUGUCCCGCCUAAUCAUGAGACAUUGGAUUUCAAGUUCUUGUUGAAGCCAAAGUAUCAUAAUGUCCCAUGCAUUGAGGAGGAAGGCACAAACAGGCAGUUCAUGGGUGGAACGUUACAAGGGGAUGCCCGAUUAGCCGUUUUUAAGUUCAACCCGGAUGAGGUUCUUGAGUAUAGGGUGUUCAUUAAGGCUAAUAGGGUUUCACCCUUUGAUCUUGCUGCUAGUUGGAGAGCCUAUCAAGAAAAUUUUGAACCCUCGACUGUUCGUGGAAUUCCUGAUGUUAGCAUAAACUCAUUGCCUGAGGGUAACGAGAAUGGCUCUUCAACUAGUUUGGACCUUGAUCUUGAACAAUACCUAGUCCCAGCUCCUUCACCUUCUGUGGUUUAUGCUGCUAACUUGACUGAGACUCCAAGAUCUUUAAAGCGUGGCGGGGUGUUUUCUAAAGCUGAGGCUUCAACGAAAGAUGCAGGUGUUUCAGUUGAUCGCCCGGAGACUAUAAAGGAAAUAGAAGUUGUAUUACCGGAUCCUCCUAAGCUGUUUCAUCCACCUGGCAUGGUUGAAUCGAAGUCCGCUGGUACAUUCUCAACAAUACAAAGACAAGAUAGUCACCGUGGGAUAUAUGUAGAUAGAGGUGUGGGAUCUCCACGGCUGGUCAAAUCAGCCAGUGCAAAUGCUUUGACUGCUGGCACUAAAACUGAUUCGGGAGCUAAGAACUCGAUACCAGCGGCUGCUGGGGCUGUUGCAGCAGCAGCUGUUGCUGAUCAAAUGCUUGGACCAAAAGAAGAUAUGCAUCUCGCCAUUGUCUUGGUUGGCUUGCCAGCUCGUGGCAAAACUUUUACUGCUGCGAAACUUACAAGGUAUCUCCGUUGGUUAGGUCAUGACACAAAACACUUCAAUGUUGGAAAGUAUCGACGCCUCAAGCAUGGAACAAAUCAGACUGCAGAUUUUUUCCGAGGUGACAAUCCAGAAGGCAUGGAAGCUCGUAAUGAGGUAGCAGCUCUAGCAAUGGAUGACAUGUGUGCCUGGAUGCAAGAAGGUGGCCAAGUAGGAAUAUUUGAUGCCACAAACAGUACUAGUGAACGAAGAAAUAUGCUCAUGAAAAUGGCUGAAGGCAAAUGCAAAAUUAUAUUUUUGGAGACAAUUUGCAAUGAUAGGCAGAUAAUUGAAAGAAAUAUACGACUCAAGAUUCAACAGAGUCCCGAUUAUGCAGAAGAGCCAGAUUAUGAAGCUGGAUAUCAGGACUUCAAAAGACGACUUGAUAAUUACGAGAAGAUUUAUGAGCCAGUUAAUGAAGGGUCAUAUAUCAAAAUGAUCGAUAUGGUUAGUGGUCAUGGAGGUCAGAUACAAGUGAAUAACAUCAGUGGUUACCUACCCGGGAGAAUUGUUUUCUUCUUGGUAAAUACACAUUUGACACCGAGACCAAUAUUACUAACUAGGCACGGGGAGAGCCGUAAUAAUAUGAGAGCAAGAAUAGGCGGCGACACUGUCUUGAGUGGAAAUGGGGAACUUUAUGCCAAAAAGCUUACUAAUUUUAUUGAGAAGCGACUCAAAAAUGAACGAGCUGCAUCUAUAUGGACAAGCACAUUACAGCGAACUAUUUUGUCUGCAAAUCAAAUUGUUGGAUUCCCAAAGAUACAAUGGCGUGCACUUGAUGAGAUUAAUGCUGGUGUAUGUGAUGGUAUGACUUACGAGGAAAUAAAGAAAAAUAUGCCUGAUGAAUACGCGUCACGGAAGAAAGAUAAACUGAGGUAUCGAUAUCCUCGUGGAGAGUCAUAUCUAGACGUAAUACAAAGGUUGGAGCCAGUUAUCAUCGAGCUAGAAAGGCAACGUGCACCCGUGGUGGUCGUAGCUCACCAGGCCGUUUUAAGAGCAUUGUAUGCAUACUUUUCUGAUAGGCCGUUGACAGAAAUUCCACACAUAGAGAUGCCGCUUCAUACAAUAAUUGAGAUUCAGAUGGGCGUGACUGGGGUGCAAGAGAAGCGGUACAAACUCAUGGAUUGAUGGUUGGCUUAAAAGAUGAUACCGAAAUGAACUUUCUUGAUUUUCUUAUUGAUAGGGUUCAAAAAAAUUCUAUAAGCUUCUAAAGAAGAAACAUAUCAUGUUAGGUAUUUCACGAAUGAUUUUAUCUUUUAUGGGCUGAUCUCAUUAUUAUUUUUAACAUCUGUGGCGAUACAUUGAUACGUUAUAAAAGGAAAUAACUAGUUUAAAUCGAA